CGGCUGUAGCUUGAUUCCAAAUCAGGCUGUCAGCACUCGUCUUGUUUGAAGGAGGAGAGAAUUGCACACUUGUCGCUUUACAAACAGUCGCUUCUGGUUGUGCUAACAAGAUAUUUAUCUCAAGCAAUUUGCAAGCCACCCCCUCCAAAGGUUGAUUGUGCCGUGCCUGACCUGAGCUGCUUGGCUACAAGGCAUUUGGCAUGGAGAGAUGUGGGGGCAGGGAUCGGCCGGGGAGGAGAAACUGUGCAGUUCUCUCCACUCGACAAAUUAAGCCCUGACAUAACUAAAGCCGUGCAAACUCAGAAAGCUCUAGAAACUCCAGCCGUCCUUCGGUGCUGCCAUGGAUCUAUUGGGGAGCCUCCUGGUCCUCUGCCUCUCCUGUCUGUUUUUCCUGGCCGUGCGGAGGAAGAGGGCCAAGCACCAGAACCUCCCCCCUGGCCCGACACCCCUGCCGCUUAUUGGGAACCUCCUACAGCUGAAGACCAAUAACAUAAUGGAAUCCCUGCAGAAGAUGUGUGAAAAAUAUGGACCUGUGUUCACCGUGUAUUUUGGCCCAGAGCGUAUGGUGGUUCUCCACAGUUUUGAGACAGUGAAGAAAGUUCUGGUUGAGCACGGAGAUGAAUUCACCAACCGAGGCACCUUGCCAGUAAUAGAUAAGAUUAACAAAGGAUUCGGUGUCCUCAUGUCCAAUGGUGAGCGUUGGGUUCAGCUCCGCCGUUUCUCCCUCACAACCUUGAGGGACUUUGGGAUGGGGAAGAAAAGCAUCGAGGAGCGAAUCCAAGAGGAGGUCAAGCACCUGGUGAAGGAACUCCAGGCCAAAAAAGGCCAGCCCUUCAACCCAGUGUUCCUCUUCAGUUCUGCUACCUGCAAUGUGAUCAGUCACAUCCUCCUUGGAGAAAGGUUCGAUUACCAAGAUCAGCAGAUUGUCCAGAUCCUUCACUGGAUCACUGCAAGCGUCCGGUUUGAGAGCUCCACUGCAGGGCAGCUCUACAACCUCUUCCCCAAGAUCAUGGACUACUUGCCUGGCCCUCACCAAACCUGCUUCAAAGAACUCAUCCGUAUCCAAGACCUUAUAGCCCAGAAGGUGAAAGAUCAUGAGGAAACCCUGGAUGCCAACGAUCCUCGAGACUACAUAGAUUGCUUCCUCAUCAAAAUGGAGCAGGAAAAGCACAAUCCCAAGACUGAGUUUACUAGAGAGAACCUGAUUAUGACGGCUUAUGACAUAUUCCUUGCCGGCACAGAAACCACCAGCACCACCCUGAGAUACACCUUAAUGGUCCUGACAGAACACCCAGCGGUGGAAGUAAAGAUCCACGAGGAGAUAGACCGAGUGAUAGGCCGGGAGCGCCCUCCUGUUAUGAAGGACCGCCCUCAGAUGCCAUACACGGAGGCCGUCCUACACGAGGCCCAGAGGUUUCUUGAUUUACUUCCUUUAGGGUUCAUCCGUAUGGCAAGACGGGACGUUGAAAUUGAAGGCUUUACCAUACCCCAGGGAACCACCAUCUUUCCCAUGCUGACCUCUGCACUGCAUGACCCCAAACAGUUUAAAAAUCCACAUUUGUUUGACCCCCAAAAUUUCCUGGAUGAAAGAGGAACCUUCAAGAAGAAUGGAGCAGACAUACCUUUUUCUGCAGGGAAGAGGAACUGCCUAGGAGAGGGUUUGGCCCGCAUGGAGCUCUUCUUAUACCUCACCAGCAUCCUGCAGAACUUUCGUCUCAAGCGCCCUCCAGGAGUCACCAAAAUCGACCUCACACCGGAUGUCAGUGGGGUUGUAAAUGUGCCGCGCCAAGUCCAGAUCUGCUUCUGCCCACGCUAAUCAGCUGCCUCCCCACCCAUAGUAUUGCUGGGGGUCUCACAAGGACUUCCACCUUCUCUCGUUGAUUCACUCUAUAGCUACAAAAUAGAUCUGAGCCUGUUGGGGUUCAGGAUUAGAUCUGCUUCUUAGCGUCACCCAAUGGAUCCUGGGAACUGGACUUUCAGAAGGCUUCACUGCAUUCUCUGCAGAAGGCACAGACAGGCUGUUUCUUUGCCAGCAACCUGGAUCAUUUAUGAUGCCAGGUGGCUAUCAGAAUUACCACACUCAUGAUAAAGUAAAGUAAGUCUUUACCGCCAACAAAACCAGUAUGAGGAUAGAAAGUCAGCAGGGGAGGGGGCACUCCCUGUGUAUUGCACAGAGUUCCACAUGUAUGACUAUUUGCCCCAUGCGCAGAAGUCAUGGGUGUGUGCUUGGCGGAAGGAGCUCCUGGCUCUCAGGGAACAAGUUUGUUCCCUUGAGACCAAGGUGGCAGGUCUGGAGACGCUCAGAGAGACAGAGAGGCAUGUGGAUGAGACCUUCAGGGACGCGAUAGAGGCAUCCCACUACAGGGCUGAUAGCUCCUCUGCUGUCAGGGGGAUUGAAAGUCUCGGGCAAGGAGGACAUCGGUCUGAGGAAAAGCGGGAAAUGCUCCUUUGGAAGGGACCCUUUCUGUGGAUGAUGAGCCCAUAUCCUCUAGCACAUGGGUUACUCCACCGGUGGGUUGGGGCCUCCUUGUAGUGGGUGAUUCGAUCAUUAGAGGUAUAUAGAGAGUAGGGAUGUGCAUAAAACCGGUUCUCCUGGUUCGGUUCGGGUCCGGACCGGGUCCGGACCGGACCGGGGAGGUUCGGUUCUGGUUUUGCCGGACCACCCCCCCGGUCCGGUUCGGUUUCAAACCGGUUCGGAUCCGAACCGAACCGGUUCGGAUCACAAAAAGUGGCUGGUUUUGAAGGGGACAUUGUGUUCUACCUGCCACCCAAAUUUCAAGUCGAUUGGACCUUCCUCUGAUUUUUUACAAAUUUUUUUAAAAAAAUUAAUUCUUGCCCAUAACUCGCAAUGUGGAGCCCUUAGGGGCAAAAAAGCUGGGGUGGGUGGUAGCCACCCAUGGGUGUCCUCCACCCCAAAAAUCCCAAGGCAAUUGGUUGCUCCUAGUAUUAUUGGUGAAUUUUUGAAGAAAAAUUUUUUUCCAU